CAGGUAGGCUCCUACAUACAAUUGUCGCGCAGCUCAUCUUUUGAGAGCGACGACAUUUCUGCUGCAUUUCCCACAUCCACAGACGACAUCCUCCCAUUAACAUCCAUACGCUAGAUCACCACAGCCGCUGCAUCCCUUCCAUCCCCCCGCCUUUCCUACUAUGUCAGCAUUCUUCUUCUCUACACCUGUCGAUAUCGACAUCGUCCUCGAAGACGCCGACGAGCGGCAAACAGUCGAUGUCAAGCUUGACAAGAACAGACGGGAAAAGGCUCCCUUAUAUCUCGAUGGCGAAUCCGUCAAAGGCGCAGUCACAAUAAGACCAAAGGAUGGGAAAAGACUGGAACACACUGGCAUCAAGGUCCAGUUCAUCGGACUGAUAGAAAUGUUCUUCGACCGAGGAAACCAUUACGAAUUCUUGUCGCUAGGACAGGAACUAGCCGCGCCGGGAGAACUGCAACACCCUCAGACAUUCCCCUUCAACUUCAAGAACGUCGAAAAGCAGUACGAGUCAUACAAUGGCAUCAACGUCAAGUUACGAUACUUUGUGCGCGUCACAGUCUCGAGAAGGAUGGCCGAUGUCAUCCGGGAAAAGGACAUUUGGGUCUAUUCCUACCGAAUACCCCCGGAGACAAACAGCUCGAUAAAGAUGGAUGUCGGGAUUGAAGACUGUCUGCACAUCGAAUUCGAAUACUCCAAGAGCAAAUACCACCUCAAGGACGUCAUCGUCGGACGGAUCUAUUUCUUGCUGGUCAGAUUGAAGAUCAAACAUAUGGAGCUGUCCAUUAUCCGAAGGGAGACGACCGGUGUCGCCCCCAACCAAUACAACGAGAGCGAGACGCUGGUGCGGUUUGAGAUUAUGGAUGGUUCACCAUCAAGAGGUGAAACAAUCCCUAUCCGACUGUUUCUAGGAGGGUUUGACCUGACACCCACCUUCCGAGAGGUGAACAAGAAAUAUUCCACCAGAUACUACCUCAGUCUAGUGUUGAUUGACGAAGACGCCCGCCGCUACUUCAAGCAGUCGGAAAUAGUUCUCUACCGACAGGCGCCCGAACUGGCUCCCCCGCUAGCGACAGACCAGCCUGGCGCCGGCGGCAAGCUGCCCAUCCAUACUCCGCCGACACCUGCCUAAUCCAGGAGCCCUCUCCCAAGCAUUUCUUCAUUGGCCGUGGGGGGGACCGUUGCCGGGAAAAGGUUUCCCAAAGUAAUUGAGAGCGCCUGCAUAAGGUUACAGUGCGUGGAACUCGACUCAAACUGGGCAAUUUUGCCCGUCCAGUGGGAUUUGGAUGGCGAUCGUGCGUCUCUCAAAAGUGGCAGUAUUCUACGAGAUACGAGUCCAACCCUUGGGCCUCUGGUGUCAAUGCGAGUCUGCCUCACUGUGGAGUGUCAUUCUGGGGUACGGGGUGACCGCCGGAUAUCUGGUACGAUGCCCAGCAAGGCCAGGGUCUCACUCCGGUGGUCCUCAUGGCGUGUCUUGCUCGACGAGGCAGUCGUACGGCGACAGCUGCCAGAAUUAUGCAUCGCUUUUCCCUCAGGACCGCAUGCGCAUCGUCCCACAAUUACUCAGUUGAUGGCCGUCUACGCUCCAACUAUCAAAGCCUAGAUCUAUCGAGGCGCACUGUUGUUCCAUGCACCAAUCAGUCUCGAG